GUCAACGAAGAGUUGACAGGAACAACAUCACUGCUGUGUGCUGCACACAUUAUUUAUGGAUUACCUCACUAACAAGAAAACCCUCCGUUAAGUGCGCUAGCGAGUGACAGCAAAUUCACAAGCUCGGGGCUACACCAGCGACAUGAACCGUCUGUGACAUUCAGUAUGCUGGCCUAUUGGACUUGAACAGGUUGAAGACGACUAAAGAGGCUGCCGUGUCAGUCAGAGCUUGAACCUACGGUAGGGGAAGAGAUGGGAAACACAGCGACAAAGUUCCGCAAGGCUCUCAUCAAUGGGGAUGAGAUGCUGGCCUGCCAACUGUACGAGAGCAACCCGCAGUUCAAGGAGGCUCUGGAUCCCAACGCUACAUAUGGAGAGUCCUACCAGCACAACACUCCACUACACUAUGCUGCCCGGCACGCUAUGACACGCCUACUCAGGUCUUUUCUCCUAAGCAAAGAUGGUAAUCCCAACAAGCGUAAUGUGCACAAUGAGACAUCUCUGCACCUUCUUUGCAUGGGGCCUCAGAUCCUGACCUCAGAGGGGGCACUGCAACCUCGGAUCUCACGGCCAUAUGAAGACAAACAGCGUCGGGCUGAAUGUCUACAAAUCAUCCUGUCAUGGACCGGAGCAAAGCUGGACCACGGAGAGUAUGAAAGCGCUGAUGUCAAUGCCACUGACAACAAGAAAAACACCUGCCUGCACUAUGCUGCUGCCUCAGGCAUGAAGACUUGUGUUGAGUUCCUGGUUCAGAGAGAAGCGGACCUGUUUGCAGAGAACGAAGACCGCGAGACUCCAUGUGACUGUGCAGAGAAGCAGCACCACAAGGAGUUGGCCCUGUGCCUGGAGUCGCAGAUGGUCUUCUCUCUUGCCCCCGAGGCCGAGGGCAUAGAGGCGGAGUACGCAGCCCUUGACCGAAGAGAGCUGUAUGAGGGCUUGCGGCCUCAGGAUCUACGGAGGCUGAAGGACAUGCUGAUCGUGGAGACAGCCGACAUGCUGCAGGCCCCUCUCUUCACUGCAGAGGCACUGCUACGUGCCCAUGAUUGGGACAGAGAGAAGCUCCUAGAGGCCUGGAUGAGCAAUGCGGAGGAAUGCUGCCAACGCUCAGGGGUGCAGAUGCACAACCCGCCUCCAAGUGGCUAUAAUGCCUGGGACACCCUGCCCUCACCCCGGACACCACGCACCACCCGCUCCUCCAUCACCUCCCCAGACCAAAUAAGCCUCAUGCCUGCCGACGAGGAGUCCUCUCUGUGUGGUAUCUGCAUGUCUUCCAUUUCGGUCUUCGAGGAACCUGUUGACAUGUCCUGUGGCCAUGAGUUCUGCCGCGCAUGCUGGGAAGGGUUUCUAAAUCUAAAGAUCCAAGAGGGUGAAGCCCAUAACAUCUUCUGCCCCGCCUUUGACUGCUACCAGCUUGUGCCUGUUGAGGUCAUUGAGAGUGUGGUGUCAAGAGAGAUGGACAGGCGCUACCUCCAGUUUGACAUCAAGGCAUUUGUAGAGAACAAUCCAGCAAUCCGCUGGUGUCCUGAGGCAGGUUGUGAAAGGGCAGUGAGACUGAACACCCAGGGCCCUGGGACCUCCACCUCAGACUCUCUUAGCUUUCCUCUCCUUCGGGCUCCAGCUGUAGAUUGUGGCAAAGGCCACCUCUUCUGCUGGGAGUGUCAAGGCGAGGCUCAUGAGCCCUGCGACUGUGAGACAUGGAAGUUGUGGCUUCAGAAAGUCAAUGAGAUGAGACCUGAGGAAUUGGCUGGUGUGAGCGAAGCUUACGAGGAUGCAGCCAACUGCCUGUGGUUGCUCUCUAACUCCAAACCCUGCGCCAACUGCAAGUCACCAAUACAGAAAAACGAGGGCUGCAACCACAUGCAGUGUGCUAAGUGUAAGUAUGACUUCUGCUGGAUCUGUCUGGAGGAGUGGAAAAAGCACAGCUCAUCAACAGGAGGCUACUAUCGUUGCACCCGGUACGAGGUCAUCCAGCAGGUGGAGGAGCAGUCGAAGGAGAUGACUGAAGAGGCAGAGAAGAAGCACAAGAGCUUUCAGGAACUCGACCGUUUUAUGCACUACUACACACGCUUCAAGAACCAUGAGCACAGCUAUCAGCUGGAGCAACGCCUGUUAAAAACAGCCAAAGAGAAGAUGGAGCAGCUCAGUCGAGCCCUGAGUGGAAGGGAAGGAGGCCCACCUGACACUACAUUCAUUGAAGAUGCAGUCCUAGAACUACUAAAGACUCGCCGCAUCCUGAAGUGCUCUUAUCCUUAUGGGUUCUUUCUGGAGCCCAAAAGCACAAAGAAAGAGAUCUACGAGCUUAUGCAGACGGACUUGGAGAUGGUGACUGAGGACCUGGCACAAAAGGUCAACCGGCCUUAUCUGCGGACGCCGCGCCACAAGAUCAUCCGUGCAGCGUGUCUGGUACAGCAGAAGAGGCAGGAGUUCCUGGCCUCAGUAGCCAGGGGAGUGGCCCCCAAUGACUCUCCUGAGGCCCCCAGGCGCAGUUUUGCUGGCGGAACGUGGGACUGGGAAUAUUUAGGCUUUGCAUCACCUGAGGAGUACGCAGAGUUCCAGUACAGGCGGAGACAUAGGCAGCGGAGGCGAGGUGACAUGUCCAGUCUCCGUAGCAACACACCUGACCCUGAUGACUCCAGCGACAGCAUUUUAGACGCACAGGAUCUCGGAGGUGGACGUAGACAAGGUCAUCUGAUGGGUCUCGGUUCUUUGGACGACGAUGACCCUAACAUUCUACUGGCCAUUCAGCUGUCACUCCAGGACUCUGGGAUGGCAGAGAUUGGAUCCAACCAUGACGUCCUUGCCAACGAAGCCUCACUUGGCGCCAUCGGGACCUCCCUGCCUUCUAGGCUUGAACAGAGUGCUCCAGGUGUAGAGGUCCUUCCCAGAGCUUCUCUGAGCAGCUCAGAACUGCUGGAGCUGGGAGAUAACAUGGCUAGACUUGGCAACAUCAACAUCAGCAGCCAGUACUCUGCUGCUACUAGUGUUUCCACCUCUGUACAGCACUGUGACAGUCACCGCCGGGCCUAUGGGGCCUCUGUGCCGAUACCAAUGGCUCCGGGUGGCAGCAAGUCAUCCACGGGCCUCUUCUCCUCUUCCAGUGACACGAUAGACUCGACCACAUGCGGCAGCCACGACCCAUCCUCAUCCUCUGCAUUAGUAGCAAAUGCUAACCUGCUGGGAAACAUCAUGGCAUGGUUCCACGACAUGAAUCCUCAAGGUAUCACCCUGGUCCCCUCAGCCUCCUCCGACACUGAUUCAAACUUCGGCGCACUCCAUGCAGGCGGAGGAGGGUGCCUGCAGGAUGAAGAGAAAGGCGGGGCUGUCUUGCCUGAAAACAGGAAACCUCAGGAAAUGAUGGCAGACGUGGGUUUCUGCUCUCAGAGACUGGGCGACAUGGAGGACAAGGAGUCUGCUGUCACUCAGAGGCCGACCCAGUUAGAUCUAGCAGGGAUGGACACCACACCACUACCUUACACGGCCACCCUUGAUACAAGUGGAGACCAUGCCGAACGGGGAGGCUCAAAGGUCUGCCACGUCGACACUCCGCAGUGUGACUCUGUGUCCGACCAGCUGCCCAGCACCAGCUCCUCUGAGUGGGAGGACCAAGUGCACUUGGUAUGAGCUGACUGGCUGAGAUGGGAAGGAGCUUUUUCGGAAAGGCCAAAAACCACUAUAGAUUGCAUUGAAAUAGAGUUGAGGAUUACGCGUAGUAGCUAUUAAGGUGGAAUGUAAACAGAAUGAAGAAUGUGUCAGUUUGUAUUCGGUUGGACAGUGGGGGAAGAGGUAUUUAGACUCUUAGAUAGUCUAGCAUUGCAGUCAGAUCGUUUUCCUGCGUUUACUGUAUUGUCAGCCCCCCCGACAACCAGCCCUCCUGAAAAGAAAGCACUAACUGAAGGAGAGAUUACAUUUGAUAACAAUUUUUUUUUUCAAGGAUGUAUUUCCUAAAAAUGAUUCUGUGCUGAUAGGAAUACAAAUAACUUGCUUUUUACUGAAAUCAAUUUUAGAGGAGAUAAGAGAUGUAGAGACUUUAGUGUUAGUGCAGGUAUUAACUUUUUUUUUCCACUGGAGUAAAAGCCUACUGUAUGUGUCUGAAUCAGGUCUGAGGGAGGUUUUUUCCAACUGUACAUAUGAGCAGAUCAAUAUUUUGUUCCACUCUGUAGGGUACAGGCUGGGAGAUGGUUCCCGCUCCUGUCCAAACCUGCCUACUUUAUAGGUGCCAAACACUGACUAGCAAAAGCACAGUUUGCAGUCACUAAGUGGAUUCUUCAAAGCAAAUUGUGCCUGCUUAUUACAAUCUCAACAACUCAGCUAAACUUUAAAUGUGAACGUCUCGAGCCAUAUUUGUAUUUGAGAUUGCGGCUGUGUGAUAUUUUCCAGAUCUCACUACUAUCUAAAAGCUGUAGUGUGCUGUGUACAGUGAAUCUGUACUUUAAGACCAUCAUAGUUGUGUAUUUUAUUAUGUGAAACACUCACACGCAAUAGUUUAGAUUCAUUAUCUAAAUGGACCGUUGGUGGCCUGCUUGAAAACAUUUCAAAAUUGACUUGACAAUAAUUAUUCAUCUUGGAGCUUCAAUCCUAACAUGCUUUUAAAGAGAACUGUCUUCUAAUCUCUAGAAACGAGAAAUGCUGAGGGCCCAGAGGGGCUGCUCAGUGUCACUCAGUUCACUAUAGUCUGAAUUCCAUUGUAGCUCGCCGAUAUUAAUGUUUGAGCGCUGCAGCUAAAUGUGGAGCGUGACAGACUAAGUAGACAGUGAGUUGUCUUGUUUAGAUACCGCAGGAAAGGCCAGUGAGAGAGAUAAUCAGGCAAUCUCAUUCAGACUUUGGCGAAUUAAUUAAUCAUGCCCAAGUCACUGUAAUUAAUCUCUGGGUCCUAUUUAAGUGUAAUAUAAGCAAAGCCUUCUUCGAGCUCUACAGAUGUCUCGGGCAGCAGGGUAAUGCAUGGAGAGUUCAUGAAUGUGUAUUGCAUCUCAAACACAUGGGGAGUCCAUGUCUUUGAAACAGUUCUCUACGCAGUUAGAGACACAGUGCCUUUAUGUCAAUCACCGUUAUUUCAUAUUUUUUUUUCACAUAUUUUUCUGAGUGCUAAUUACACAGUAUUUACAGUGUAAAUGAAACAAACACCUGUUACCUUAAAGAUAUAUCUCUCACAUAAAGUUUAUAGUGUGCAAACAUGAGAUCUUGAUUUUUUUUUUCUCAUCAAAAUAUCUGUAGCAUGAGGCUUUUUUGUUGGUUCUAGUAGUAUUAUGUUAAUGGAAAACACUGAUUUUAUAUGAUUUGGUAUAAUGGGUAAUGGUUAAUGUCAUACUUUCAAAUCUUGUUCCCAAAUAUUUUGAAAAAGGUUUUAUUUCUCUCUCUUUUUUUUUUUUUUUUUUUUUUUUUUUGUGCAGAAGGGCUUCUUGCCCUAAAUUUUGAAGUUUUUUUUUCUGUGAUUUAGAAACUAAAAUCACUGUAUUGAAAAUGAGUUGACCUACUGUAUGUGUAUCAUGUAUCUUACCUGAAGACACUAAAAUGGAGGAAAGUUGCAAUAUAAAGUAGGUAUUUAUUUGAAAUCAAUUGAAUCCAUUAAAGGAAAAAAUGGAUUGUGAAUAACCCAUAUGACACAUUGAUCAAUUUUACCUUGUAGACUUAAUUAUGUUUUUAAACACAGACUAAUGUUUGACUGAAGUAAAUGACUUUUUUUCCCCUAGCAGAUGUGUAAAGCCACAUUAAAUCUAAAGAUAGUGUCUUGAAGUUGUGAAACUGUGAGUGCCAUAUGGUUAGUGGAGCUAACUCUGUUGGACUUGGUUAAUGGAAGUGGAGAUAACAUACAGUAUGUUGCCCCUUUUUGUGUAACAGUAUGCUGUGCAUGAAAUGGGUACAAGUCUAAAUGGAAUUUGUACUUCCUUUGUAUUUCACCUCUAACGUUCAGGUGAUUUAUUUUACAAUGGCAUAUAACAUUUUGUAACUCACUGAGAUUUUCUAUUGUAAAGCAACUAAUCCUUGAAAUGCUAUUUGCACUUUCAUAGUCUAUACUUGAUACAUUCCCUCUUUAUAUGAAAAAAUGUUUGAUGUGUGAUGCCAAUAAAAUAUGUGUUGAGUUUUAAUUUGUGUUUGUUUUUUAAAUUGGGAUGUGGUGAUGACUACAUUCUAAACAAACAUGUUUUGCAAACA